GACUUUCUCUCUCCCUUCUCCCCCUCGCUGCCUUUCUCCGUUCGGCUCGCAGACGUCAUUGGCCGCUUCUUCACGAGGCUGAUUCCCUCUGCGACCAAACCUCUAUAGAGUUUUCUUUCCUUGGUUCCCAGACGGGGAAGAGAAGACAAGAUAGAUGGUAGGGCACGGGCAUCAGAUUCCGCUUGAGGUGGUGGGAACGAUGAUAGAGAUGGCCGACGUUGCUUGGAAUGCAAUCGAGCAUCGCAGGGAGCGGAAUGUUGUUCUCAAGGUCGAAGAGGAAGCCGCCCGGAUCCGCUCCGAGAACGAGCGCCUUAAGACCCUCCUUGCCGAGAAUAUUUCUGUCCUACAAGGCAUCUCACAGGCUUCUUCUCUGGCCAAAGACUGCCCUGCUGAUCUGUAUACACGACUUUUAGCUGUGGUGGACACUCAAAACUUCUUGGCCAAACUCGAGUCACUUAAUCAGGAACUAGAAUCUAGGCCAGAUGGGAAUUUGCUUUGUACUAAAGAUCAAGAUGUUUUAAUUAAUGGUGAUGAAGGCAAUCCCAAUCGGUGGGUAUUGGUUAAACAUGAUAUGGAUCCGGACCAUAUGGAGGAAGCCAGUGGAAUUGACGAUGAAAAUUAUAUUGUGAUUAGUGAAGAGAAUGUGGUUGAUGGUAUUGCCAAUUUCAUAGGCAGAUGCAUCCUUGAAAACCCAAAAUCUAAGAUAUUAUCAUCGCAAGAACUACAGAAAGCUGUCACUAAGGCUUUGGGUGACAUCAGAAGCAGGGGGAAGUUCAAAAGCGUUUGGGAAGCUGGAAAAAUCAUUUAUACUAUGUCACUCUGGGGAAUUUUUCUUGCAGGCUUGUAUAGACACCGGGCUAUAGUGAAAGCUGCUGCCAAAGGUGCUUCUUCAUCCGCCAAAUUUAUUCUCAAGGCUCUUUAAUUUCUAGCAUUUCUUCUAGUUCUACGACAAUCAGUAAAUGUUGUGCUGUACAUAAACUAGCAAUCCAAAAAAAAAAAAAAA